AUGGACGCGGCGCCCGUCGGACACCUGGGCUACGACCAGGUGCUGUCCAUCCUGCGCCUCCUUCCAGCCGAGGCCGUGCUCUCCUUCGCCGCCACCUGCCGCGCCUUUCGCGACUGGGCCUCCUCCGACGUGCUCUGGGAGGCGCUCUGCCGACGCGACUGGGGGGCACGCGCCGCCGCCGCGGCGCUCGCGGACUGGCGGUGCGGCGUGCCAUGGCGCCGCCUCUACGCCGAGGUCGCCCGAGUAAGCGCCCUGCAGGCGCGCCGGCUCCAGGUGAAGGGCACCUCGCCACGGCCCCGUGCGUCGCACUCCAUCAAUCUCGUGGCCGGCUGGCUAGUAGUCUUCGGCGGUGGCUGCGAGGGAGGUCGUCAUCUUGAUGAUAUCUGGGCAACAUAUGUUGGAAAUAGAGCUGGAACUAGAUCAUCCAAUUCACUUACCUGGCAGCAAUUGGCCUCUGGUACUCCAAGUGGUCGUUUUGGUCAUUCAUGCAUUCUCGUUGGUGAUGCACUAGUCCUGUUUGGCGGGAUUAAUGACCGUGGGCUUCGUUUGAAUGACACAUGGAUAGGCCAAAUAAUCUGUGAAGAACCUUGCAGGAUGAGGAUCUCAUGGAGACUGCUGGAGAUAGGCCCCCUGGCACCAUCUCCUCGUGGAGCCCAUGCAGCCUGCUGCAUAGAUGAUAAGUUCAUUGUGAUUCACGGUGGGAUAGGGGUGCAUGGAAGCCGGCUUGGUGAUACAUGGCUUCUUGAUCUCUCCGAUGGACUUCGAUCUGGCAGUUGGCGCCGAAUGAGGAAUACUGGACCUUUGCCUUCAGCUCGUUCUGGCCACACCUUAACUUGGAUUGGUGAUAGGCGCAUGGUUCUUUUUGGUGGUAGAGGAUCAGAAUAUGAGGUCCUUAGUGAUGUCUGGCUGUUUGAUAUUGGUGAUCAUUUGCUGCAAUGGAAAGAGCAAAAGUACGAUUUGUCUAGUAUUCUUGGUGAAUUGCCUUCUCCCCGGGCUGGGCAUUCAGCAACAUUUCUCUUUGGUGGCAAGAUCCUUGUAUAUGGUGGGGAGGACAAAGAAAGACGGCGGAUGGAUGAUUUCUGGAUCUUAGAUAUACCAGCUUUACUUCAGUUUGAGUCAGGUAACAGGAAAAUGGCAAAGAGGAUGUGGAAAAAACUAAGGAUAGAUGGCCAAUCCCCGAAUUGCCGGUCCUUCCAUGGGGCAUGUGUAGAUACUUCUGGUUACUGUGUGUAUGUUUUUGGUGGAAUGGUUGAUGCACUUUUGCAUCCUGCAGAAUCCUUGGGCUUGAGGUUUGAUGGGCAACUGUAUCAAGUGGAGCUUGUGCUGCAUCUCUAG